AUGUCUAGCCGCUGGUAUACAAUGCACAUGGCCAGAGCAAAGAAAACGGUCUGUCCUGCCUCCAGUUUUCAUCCCCUUUGCGCAGCUGGACCGGCAAAAGGAUACAUAGAAGGCCUCGAACAUCGCCUCCACGAAGCCGAGUCACUUCUCCUCUCGCUCCUCCCCCUCGUCACCACAGAGCAAUUAAACUGUGCGACCGACUCAUUAAACGCAACCUCAUCAGCGGCCCACAUCCUCAACGUGCAAACGCGGGACUCACAAUCACCAGGGCCGCGCAACGUCAGAAGUAGUCCACCUGUGCUGAAUAAGAAAACCGGUAUAGAGUACUGGGACUCGUUCCCACUGGACACCGUCGACAACAUCCGAAAAUGGCAAGAUGAUUGUGCCAUACACUCAGGCACGGGUCAAAGCCAAGCCUCUUUCAGAAAUUCCAUUUCUGGUGACGACUCGGUCUCCCGUGAAAUGAUACAGAAUACUUUUCAUUCCGCACACAAUUCUCGUCCGGGUUCGGUCGACUUGUCGGCUCCGCCACCAUCACAUUCUCGAGCGCAAUCCGGGGCACUACCGUCGAUGAGUACGGACUCGUACCGCAGCGGGACAAGCACACCGGUUCAUGUACCACCUCGACACGCUCACUCACAAUCUACAAUUCUUUCGUCCAAUAUUGUACGGCAAAUACCGACCGCAUCUCAGCAGCAGCAGCAACAACAACAACAACAGCAACCUCGACAACAAAAUUGGAACUCGAUGUCUCUUUUCUCUUCUCUCUCUUCACCGAGUGGGGCCACGACGACCACCAACACGCCAAACUCGAACGUCAACAAUGUCGACCUGAGUAACGAGGCACUGUUGCUCCAGAGUUUCGCCGAUUCCACGUGGGCUCAAUCGCAGUCGUUGAACAACAACGGCAUGGGCAACAUGACUGCCGGGUUGGGCACGACCAAUAACAACAUGAUCAUGGAAAGUGGACCGAUGGAAGUCGACACGGGCUUCUUUGGCAACGACGUUCAAAGAAGUUUAUUUUGGUGA